AUGGCCGACGUCGAGAGCGGGCUGCUGACGGAGCCGGGGAUGCCAGCGAGGGUGGACGACGAAGUCAUGAAGAUCCUGGCUGAUAGCUAUGGCAAGAUACUCCGCACCUGGCGCUACGACCAGAAGAACAACACGCUUCCACUGGGCAUCCCGGAGCUCGUGAACGGGUAUACGUAG